UUUGUAAACAUUGCCAAGUCGUUUACUCACUAUUGUUGUACAAAUUACUUCAUGCUUUUUGAUUUUAUAAUCAGGAGAUGAUAAUGACAAACAUUUUAACCAAAAUGGCAGCUCAAAUGUGAUAUUCUUGUUAUAUAAACACAAAGCUGACUUUUGUUUAACUUGAACAUGUAGAUAAGAUAUAUUUAUACCAUCUUGUUUUCAGAUAAAUCAAUAGCUUUUUCUUGUUUAUGUCAUAUGGAACUUAAUCUUUUGAAGAUUAUGCUGGAAAGUUUAUUGCAUGGUGCUUUAUAACCGUUUUUCAAGAAGGAAGAGAGAACUUAGUUAUCAAAAAAGAAGUUACAAAAGAAUACCAUGUUGUAUGAUCUUCUUGCCUAAAAGUGCCGCUUAUAUUGGAUACAUUCUGGUUAUAUUGAGUACAAUAUCUCUGUUGUUUUCCACUGUAAAAGGGGACAACAUUACAACCACGGCAAGCACCACCACAACAACACAUAGAACAACAUAUGGAGUUCAAAUUUGUAAUGAUAGAAAAACUGACUGCUCAAAUAAAUAUAUAAAUGACUCAUCUAUAUCAAGUUUAUAUAAACUUUGCAGAAGCUAUCCAAGCUAUCCAUCUAGUAUUCUAAAUUUAAGUCGUUUUCACAUUAAAAAUAUGCAUUUUGAUUUCUGCAACAAGAUUCAUCCUAUGUUUGCACUUAGUAUUUUUUCUAAUGGCAGAUCAAAUUUUUCGACUUGGGUUAACUGUACCUUACUAGAUGUUCUGCAUAUUGCUGAUAAACAGAGUGAACGCUAUUUUGAUGAUUAUCACUGUAUUCUCAACCGUGCUGAUGACUGCAGUACUGUAAAAGAUAAAACGGAAUGUAAAGAAUGCAAGGAGUCAUACAAAGAAUGGUUAUGUAUUCGAGAACUUCCUUUCUGGGUGAAUGGCCAGACGUUAUCAAUGUGUCCAUCAGUUCCUGCUCGUGUUUGUUUACAGUGUCCAGCACUGGCUCCUGAGAAUGGUUACGGCGGUUAUUCGUCGUUCAUUUGCACCGAUGACGGCGGUAUUGACGGCGAUGAUGGCGAAUAUGAUGAUGCUGAAUGUUUAAAACAACCCUGCGCAUCGAUAAAAUGUCUAAGUGCAUUAUACCAUCCUGUACAAAGCAACAAUAACGCUAACAAUGCCACCUGUGGGUAAAGACAUCAAGUUGUAAGAAAUUCAAGACAAGUAUUCAAGCUUUUAAUUACAACUUAUAAUUUUUUCACAGCCUGUUUAUUUUUCUGUUGAGGUACGGUUCUAUUUUUUCCUGCUCUUGUUGUUAUUUGGUGGACCUAAAGUUUGUUUUAAACUUGUGUAUCAAAUUGUAAUCACGAAAUUAUUUAAUACGAUAAUUUUAUGUUUUGUAGAUAUUUAUUUCAAAAUUUUUUUUCUUGAACUUUAAAAACAAAUGAACACCACAAACGCAGGGACGUUGUGAAUGUGGGAAAGCCCCUCAUCAUAAACAAAGACUCCGUCAAUGUGGGGAAGCCCCCUUUCCUUCCCGCCAAAAAAAACCAAACGCGGAAACGGUCCAGAAUAAACAUGGAUAAGCAAUUUAUUGAUAUAUUUGGUUUGCAUUUUAACCAAUCUAAAGCGUUUGUUCAUCGUAUUUGAAUUAUCACGGUGUUCUUAUCAAAAAAAGGUUUAUCAACUCGCUAUUAUUGUGGUGAAAUUUUCAAGAGCUUUUCUUAACUUUUUAAAAAAAUUAUUUGCAACCGAAAUAAAUUACACGAAAAUAAAAAUCAUUUUUCUAUCUCACUUUUUUUCAAAAUUUUACUACUGAGUAUUUUUCAAGUUCAGUUUUACUAUUUCUCUUCUCGUAUACGUUUGAUCAGAAUUCCACCGUUCUCACACGCGAAAAUCGAAAUUUGUGCCCGAUAGAGUGUUAUUCACUCGAAACUGAGUCUAUUCGACAUUCUAUACAGAAUCACUCUGAUUCGAUGCAAAUCGUAAAAUGAGCUCGCUCCGAUUAUGGCAUCGUGUGAAAGCAUCGAAACAAAAUGGCUUUUAAAGUCAGCCCUCUUCUAGUUUGCCUGUAGACAUUAUUUUUUAAAACGAUUUCUCUUCGGGUUAUAUCUAACCGCAACGUGUGAACACGGUUUUCGUCUCGUGUGUCAACACGGUUUUUGUCUCGUGUGCUUGUAACUAUAAAGUAAUUCAUUGCUCUCCAUCCUACUGACUUUAAACCAAAAGACUUUCAUAAUCGGGGUAUAAAUACAAUUUUAAAUUGCUGAUGGUGAGAACACUAGGAGUUUUCUUUUUGGUGUUGAUAAUAUAAAAAAUAAAGUGUUAAAAACAUGAGAGUGAACUUCUAUUUUCAUCUGCAGAUUGUAUACAAUAGAAAAAUGCUUUCCAAUGUUUAUUUUUGUAUGAUUUGUACUAUUAUUUCAAGUAAUGAUAAAAAUACUUUUGUUUAUAUAUUAUAUACGUAACUUUUAGUAUUAUUGGCCAACGUGAUGUAUAUUUGUAGUAUUCGUCAAGAAUUGUUGACUCGAGUCUUA